UUUACACUAAAGGAGAACAAAAGGAAGCCCGCGACCUCCUCCGCGGCUCUUCGUGAAGCAUAUCGCUGAAACUACCACCGUUACAUUGCCCCGCUACCGGUUGUCCCACCUCUCCUCCGGGGGAAGCGCGGGACCUGCGUGCUCAGCGGGUUCGGUCCAUCGCAUCACCGGGGGUCUCGGUCCGCUAGCUAGUGGUCGUAGUACAGACCCGAAGUCCGGAGAAGAACCCUCACUACGCCCGACUGACGCGUCAAGGCACCAAUUCCCCCCCGAGGCUCCCGUCUGAUGGAGCAGUGGUUGUCAGUCUUUGUGAAGAGGCAACAUGUUUCCCUGUCAUGUCAGCCCCUGGCCCACUGCUGAACCGCCAGCUUCCUGUGGUCAUGCACCCCCAGCACCCCCAGCACCCUCAGCACCCUCAGCACCCUCAGCACCCUCAGCACAGCCCUCACAGCCGCUGCCUGACCUGCUGUGCAGCUGUCCUGCUCCACCUCUGAACGCCCACUCUGAGACGCCCUCCCCAGACCCCAUGGAGUCCCUCAUCGUGGUCACGGAGUAUGAACCCAGCAGGCCACCUGGAGAGGCCGGGCAGGAGGAGGUGGAAGAAAUGGACAGUUCUGAGACGCCCGAGCCAGCUUCCUCUUUGCUGGCAGCAUUCCGGCCCCCCUCCUGCGACCUGCUGUCCCACACAGUUGGCCGGUCCGAGGCUCUGCUACCCGAGAGAGGAAGACUCAACAUGUCUGACCGGAAGCCAUCUCUGCAGGAGCGCUCGCAAUCUGCAACAUCUCCCUGCGGCUCUCCGGGUCUCAACGGGUGUUACAUCUACCCGUCAUUAACCUACUCUCCCAUCGCAUCACCCCACUCCUCUCCACGCUUGCCCCGCCGGCCCACUGUGGAGUCCCACAGUGUUUCCAUCACAGACCUCCAGGAUUGCGUUCAACUGAACCAGUACAAGCUGAAAGAUGAGAUUGGAAAGGGCUCCUACGGCGUUGUCAAGCUGGCUUACAACGAGGAUGACAACACAUACUAUGCAAUGAAGGUGUUGUCCAAGAAGAGGCUGAUGAGGCAGGCCGGGUUCCCACGGAGACCUCCCCCUCGUGGAGCCAAGGCAGCCCCUGAGGGGCCCCCUCAGCCCAAAGCCCUGGAACGGGUCUAUCAAGAGAUUGCCAUCCUGAAAAAGCUGGAUCAUUCUAACGUGGUGAAACUAGUAGAAGUUUUGGAUGACCCCAGUGAGGACCAUCUGUACAUGGUAUUUGAGCUGGUCAAGCAAGGUCCUGUGAUGGAGGUGCCGUCAGAUAAACCUUUCAGUGAGGACCAGUCACGCUUCUACUUCCAAGAUCUGCUCCGGGGAAUCGAGUAUUUACAUUACCAGAGGAUCAUCCACAGAGACGUCAAACCCUCCAACCUGUUAGUGGGAGAAGACGGGCACAUCAAGAUUGCAGACUUCGGAGUCAGUAACCAGUUUGAGGGGGCUGAUGCGCUCCUGACCAGCACAGUGGGAACGCCGGCUUUCCUCGCCCCUGAAAUGCUCUCUGAGACCAGAAAGAACUUCUCUGGAAAGGCGUUGGAUGUGUGGGCCAUGGGGGUGACGCUUUACUGCUUUGUCUUUGGAGUGUGUCCAUUUAUGGACGAGCGCAUCCUUAGUCUUCAUCAAAAAAUCAAGACACAGCCUGUGGAGUUACCUGAGCGUGCUGACAUCUCAGAUGAUCUCAAAGAUUUGUUGCUGAAAAUGCUGGACAAGAAUCCAGAGACCAGAAUAUCAAUCCCACAGAUUAAGGUGCACCCGUGGGUGACGAGGCACGGUGCGGAGCCUCUUCCUCCUGAGGAUGACAACUGUAGUACGCUAAUUGAGGUGACCGAAGAGGAGGUGGAGAAUUCUGUUAAACACAUCCCCAGCCUGGCUACAGUGAUCAUGGUGAGAACGAUGCUGAGGAAGCGCUCCUUCGGGAACCCCUUCGAUUGUGGUCGUAAAGAGGGGCAAGCGCUCAGGAAACAGGAGAGCGGUGAUGGCAUGAGGGGCAUGGACCUGCCCCACGUGGGAGAAGACGAGGCUCUUUCCUGAUGCAGCGGGUUCAUUAUGCACGCUGGUAUCGGCCCGCCUGGAACCACACUGCACAACACCCCUUUACUCACCGUUUUUAUACUGGCAGCCGACACCUGUGUACAUUCACUGGGAGGUGGACAAGAGUGGCGCACGCAGAAAGAAAAGAGAAAUGAAGAUCUCAAAGUAACAAUUGUAUUUAUUUUCUCUCUUCUGUGACUCAGUUUGGGGCUGUGGGACGUUGGACAUUGAGCCGGUCUCCAGCUCUUAAUGCCCACUCUCCUCUUACCCUUCAUGCAUUUACUGUCAUCGCAUGCGUCGUCUCAGGCUUCAUUUGUACAGCUUUGUGUUUUAUUGUCGUUAGCCACUUGUGUUUCUUUCAGGUACACAGGGCAUGACGACAGGCGAUGGGGGGGGGGGGUUGAUGAGGGGGUUGUCUUGACCGUCACCGCCGCAUUCUCUUUCGUGGAGCCGGUUUCUGGACAACGAUUGUCUGGUUCGCUCUGCUUUGGUGUAGCAGCGCCCGGUUUUGUAACAUAUUUUGGGGUGAAGAAUCUGUACAGUUUUCCCAAGAUGAAAAGAGGGGAGUUAAAAAAUGUUUACUUCAGUGAAUGCAUGUGUUUACGUUCCCAAUGCAAAGGCUAUUAAUAAGCUAUUUCUAAUUCUGUGCACCGUCACAGACACAGUUGUUUGAUGCAAUUUGUUCCCCGUAUUAUGAAGAACCAUUUACUGCAAUCAUCAGAAAGAUGGUGAUGUAAUGCUUUGUGAACAGUCACAUCCACCAUGACUGCAUUCCAGAUCGCAGAGAGGCGGGAUUAUCGAUCUGAUUUUUAGGUGUUUGCUUUGUAUUUUUUUAAUUCAUAGAGCUACAGUUUAUAUCGUAAUGAAGGUCCUGAUCCACCAAAUGCAUAUGAGAACAAUAGAAUGUGUUGGUGCAAAGUUAUUCUGUUUGACAUUGUUCUUUUCUCUCCCAAUUAUUCGGACAAGCGAGGUUGUGUGUUGGAAUUCUGACUAACAGAUUAUAUUUUUAAUAUUUUUAUUUUUAUUCAUUUAUUUGUUUCACCUCUCUAAGUGGAUGUUUGUCGACCGAAAAAGAAAAUAUGAUUAUUGAACCUCAAGUUACAAUUUUUUUUAAUGUUCUGUUUUGUAAUGUAAAAUGUAAAAAUUUCGCAGCACCAAAAACAUGAAUUAUGUCUAAUUAUUUGGAAGUGUAGGACCUUAAACUUAAAGAAAACAAACCGUAAACCAUCUGUUCUUUAGUGAACUAGUCGAGCUGCCGACUGAAGUAAGUUUUCAGAUGGACGCAUAGUGCAGCUGCAAAAAUGUUUGUACAAAUCUAUGCAUGCCAUAUCGGUAGAGGUGCUGACUUUAGAAAGUCAUCUUUGAAGGAACGAGUAGGCCACUGUGCGAAUAUCUCAAAUUACUACUUGCAUGUCUCUCUGGAGUGUCUGUUUUCUAAGACCUGUACUAUGCAUAUGAUGAGUCUCUGAAUGGCACAUACAGCGGCUAGAAGAGGGGGACACGUGUGGGUCACUGAUUCUCAUUUUGUUUAUGCUUCCCCAAAAUGUUUACCAGAAAGAUGUAAUUAAGUUGUACUCCUUAUUGUGAAGUGCUGCCAAUAGAGACAUGCACUCUGGCUUUACAUUUACAUAAAAUGAUUGUACGAUACUUCUAAAUGAUAUAACUCCAUGAUGAUAGGCAAUGAUCUUUUAUUGCCCAUGAUUUGGCCCAUUUGGUCGGACUGUAAGUCUCUUUUGUCCUCGAAGAUAAAGUUCUAACCUCGAGGAAAACCACGGAGGUACUUCCACUUUGGUGUGAAUAUUUUGACCUCAACGACCAACAGGAAUGAACAGACGGACAGUUUGAUUCUGAUCGCAGGGUGUCAGUGCGAGCCACAGAAAAGCUGUGAGAUUAAUAUUUUAUACAUACAAUAUUUAAAUUAAUGGUUGGUUUUCAUUCAGUCUUUUCCCAUGAUUUUUACUCGGGCUCGGCUAAGUGGUGAAACUUUAUUGCUCUCAUGGUUAUGCACUCAGCAGUGUAAAUGUAUUUAAUUAAGAGCUUCAGGGUCUCUUUCCCCUGAAAUGCAUGCCCACAUACGGAUCACGCUACUGUCACAGCAUGAGAGCUCCGUGGCAACGAAAACGGGACCUUUCAAAUAAUUAUUCUAUACAUACUGUAUCUUCAUCUUUGGAUAAAAUAUUAUUGCCUUUCUGUGAUGUCCUUGGUCUGCAUGUUGUUAAGCUCUGGUCACAGUUCCAGAGACAAACCACCAGAUGGCGCUGUGCGCCACAGCAUCUCAGAAGCUGUAAGAUCAUCUUGAGACUGAGAGCCUGAAUAACACUUUUUGCUUCUUUCAGGUAAUUGUGAUGAUAGCACAUUUUUCAUUCAGAAAAAGUAAAAAAAUAAAUGUAAUACAUCUUCUAA